AUGAUUGCUUCACGACGAUUGCUGCGCCAAAGCGCAAUCAGGACGCUAACUUCCCACGCUCGCGUUGCACCCUCGUCUCGACUGACUGCUUCAAUCAGCUUUUCUAGCAGCGGACUCACCCGAACUCCCGCAGCGAUUCGACACUACGCCGUGCCGACCAACAUCAACAUCCCAGAUCAGACCGAAGUCGACGCUUCAGUCAGCCGCAUCCUAUCGCCCGCACGCUAUGAAGAGGCAUCACCGUCCGCCAUCACCUACAACCGAGCCUGCUCACUCCUCUCAAAAUUGCUAGUCCAGCUACGCACCGCCGCCGACCUUCCCACUGUCGCAGACCGACAAGCUUACCAAGCCUCGAUAGACGCCGACAUCCUUUCAUCGAUCCAAGAGUGGGGCUAUAGCGCAGAAAACCUGACUCAGCUCGCCAAUGUGCUUCUCUCCGCUUCGGCCGAUCCUCGCCGCCACCCGCUGGCGUAUCGUCUGUUCGAGGUGGCGCAUCAGGCAGGUUCCGACGAUGCCGGCUACUACUGGGCGAGCAUGGUUCUACAAAACACGGCCCCUCCGUCGCCCUCGGGUGAUCAGAAGGGUCGAGCGCAGCAGGCUGUGACGCUCUACCAGGAGCUCUCGGCUGCAGGCAACGCGCGAGGCUCCGUAGGUGUGGCCAGACUCUUGCUUCAGCGCGUGCAGCGAGGGCAGGUGGAGAAGGCACAGUGGCCUUCCUUGAUCGAAGAAGCCGUCAAGCUGUAUGAACGAGCAGGCGAAAAGGGCCUUCCAGAAGCGUGGUACGAUCUCGCCACGCUCUUCCAAGAAUCGCGCUUCAACCCGCCAGACCAACAGCGCGCACGCGGAUAUCUGCAAAAGGGAGCAGAGCUUGGCCACUCCGGCUGUCUCUUUGCCCUCGGCAUGGAUCAUCUGCUCGACAAUGACGCAGGCAACAAAGCGGACGCGUUCCAGUACUUCAAACAGGCUGCGGAUCAAGGUGAUGCGCAGAGCAUGUUUCAGGUGGGCUCCUUCUACUUUCUCGAUCGAGACCGCAUGGCACAUCACCCGGACGUCACCGGUGGCGACAAGACCAUGAAGCAGGCGCACAGGGAUACUUUUGGAGUCGACGCAAACGACGUCGAGGCGAGAUUCUGGCUCGAACAGUCGGCGCAGUCCGACUACCCGCCGAGCAUUCUUCAGCUCGCUACGCUUCUGGGUCAACAUCGAGCGCUCGAUCCAGGAGCGCAGGCCGACAAGGGACUGCGACCCAUCGACAAGGAUCAGGCGGAUCAGCUGUCAUAUGCGCUGCUCGCAAAGUUGUUGGCGAUUCUGAAGACGUCCGGCAACCUGCCGUCAUUGCCAUCUCAAAAGGGUCAGUGGUCCAAUAGCCAGUUCAACGGUCUAAUCCCGCAGGCGCAGGCCAUGUACGAGAAGCUCGAAAAGAAGUUGGGCGAGUCCAAGGAGGCGGAUGCAUAG